AUGGACCGCCAAUCCUCCGUUGACUCAUACAGCAGCAGCGGCGGCGGAAGCUAUCAUAACCACCACCACCACAGCAGAGAUCACUACCUGAAGAAUCUCAACAAGCAAUCGCAGAAGAUCUCCAAACCCAGUAUCCCGUCUAACCCUAGAAAGCUCUCUCCUUCCCCCUUUGACCACCACCACCAGCAAUCCAAUCCCCCUAAUCCUAAUCCUAAUCCUAAUCCUAAUCCUCCGCCGACACAGAACCAGCCCCAUGUCUACAACAUCAACAAGAACGAUUUCCGCGACGUCGUUCAGCGCCUCACCGGAUCCCCUGCCCACCACGACCGCUUUUCUUCCCCCAAUCCUCCCCCUCCCGCAUCCAAGCCGCCGUCUCAGGUCUCUCGAUUGCAGCGGAUCCGCCCUCCUCCGCUUGCCGGCCUUGCCCCCAACCGCCCGCCGAUUCAGCACCACCGCCCCAUGCCCCCGCAGCAGCACUACUUGCCUCCUCCGGGCCCGCCGCCACCCAACAGCUUCUUCCCGCGCCCUCCGCCUGGUCCUUUAUCUCCGGUACCCCAAUUCCCAGGCCCUCCAGUGGCGGAGUCCCCCGUUUCAGCUUACAUGAGAUAUCUCCAGGACUCGAUGGAUCCCAACAAACAGCACUUUACCGGCUUCUCCCCUCUCGCACCUUUGGUUUCCCCUCGAUGGAACAAUCUGCAACAACAGGAUCAACUGCAUUUUGGACCACCGCCACCACCCCAGCAGCAGCACCACCACCAGAUGAUGGCUCCGCCGCAGCCAUCCCCUUUCCAGCAAUUCCCGCAGUCUCCUCUGUCGUUUGGGUUCUUGAAUUCUCCGCGGUCUCCUUAUCCUCUCUUUUCUCCUGGCACGUUUCUUUCUCCUUCGGCUUUCCCUCUUUCCCCGACCAUGCCAGUGCAUAGCCCAAGAUGGUUGCUUUCCCCCAACCCUUUCCCUCUCUCCCCCACCAUGCCCUUUCCAAGUCCUAGAUGGAGAGGAAUGUGA